AUGUUAUUUACUUAUGCAGAUGUUCUUGGUUUUAUUGGAUCUGUUUAUUAUCUUUUUGGUACUUUACGUGAUGAUUAUUGGUUUUGGUUUUUACCAGUAGCUGGACAAUAUGGUGUUGCAGUAGGUAGAAUUGAAGUAGUAACAAAACAAUUGCCAAAAUAUGGAUUGCCACCUAUAGUUAUUACAGAUAUAUGUAAACGUAGAAGAAAGAAAAAUGCGUCUUCAGACAGUAAUACAAUUCCUUAUUGUGAAUUAACAGAUUUUUAA